CCACUUCAACACAUGGGUUACUAAAGUGAACCAAAUCGAACCAAACCGAACCAAAAGAGUGAAUUCAAUUCAAACGCCAUUCCAUUUUCAUGGUUUUAGUGUCUUUCGUUUGAGUGCUGUGUUCCAAAAGUCUCGAUUCAUAGGUUUUCGCCAGAAAUAUCAAAGAAGAUUUGGCAAAUGGCUGCUAUAAAAUCAGCUGCCUCUGGGUUGGUUCUGCCACGUCCGGUUACUUUUGUUACCGGAAAUGCCAAAAAGCUUGAAGAAGUUCGCGCCAUUUUGGGUCACUCCAUUCCUUUUCAAUCCCUCAAACUUGACUUGCCUGAGUUGCAAGGAGAGCCUGAAGAUAUCUCUAAAGAGAAGGCCCGUUUGGCUGCUAUUCAGGUUAAAGGACCUGUUUUGGUUGAAGACACUUGCCUCUGUUUCAAUGCCUUAAAGGGUCUUCCAGGGCCGUAUAUCAAAUGGUUUCUCCAGAAGAUUGGUCAUGAAGGUCUCAACAAUCUGUUGAUGGCAUAUGAUGAUAAAUCAGCUUAUGCAUUAUGUGUAUUUUCCUUUGCAAUUGGUCCAGAUAGUGAACCUAUCACAUUUUCUGGAAAAACACUGGGAAAGAUUGUUCCUCCCAGAGGACCCAAUGAUUUUGGAUGGGAUCCUGUUUUUCAACCUGAUGGCUAUGAUCAAACUUAUGCAGAGAUGUCCAAAGAAGAAAAGAACAAAAUUUCUCACCGCUCCAAAUCUCUUGCACUUGUGAAAUCACAUUUUGCUGAAGCUGGAUAUACCUUUCAAAUCUGAAUGAUGUGUGGUUGACUAUAAGUCAGAAAUUCUAUACUAGACAUUCCUUGAAUUUUGGAAUCGGUUAAACGUAAGAAUGUUCGAUUAAAGUUUGCAAACUUGAGUUUGAUUAAAUCUCAUUUUGCAUACUUAAGUUAAAAAUGAAUUUGUUCCAACAUAUUCAAACGUACCCUAAAAUAAAAUUUAAACGUGUAUGUUUGAUAAAAUAUAAUUCAGGUUCAACA